AUGGAGAGCCUCACUACACAUCCCGCAACCCCCUUGCAAGCUAAGGCCUUCACUGGCCCUUCUUCUCUCUCCUUCCCCGGCGGUGCUGGUGAUCUCACUCCGCCGUCGAACGAGACUGAACGCUCCAACCAGAAGUCUGAUUCAAACUUGGACCCUUCGGCUGGUGGAAACAAUGUUCAAACUCCCGCUACGCCUGCUGCCACACCAUCCAACGGUAACGGCAAUGGUGUCAGUGGCAUUGUCCCGACUUUGCAAAAUAUCGUUGCCACUGUCAACUUAGACUGCCGUCUGGACCUGAAGACUAUUGCUCUUCAUGCUCGAAAUGCUGAGUACAAUCCAAAGCGUUUCGCCGCUGUUAUCAUGCGUAUCCGCGAGCCUAAAACCACAGCUCUUAUCUUUGCCUCUGGAAAAAUGGUUGUUACUGGCGCCAAAUCAGAGGACGAUUCCAAACUCGCUUCUCGAAAAUACGCUCGAAUCAUCCAGAAGCUUGGCUUCAAUGCCAAAUUCACGGAUUUCAAGAUUCAAAAUAUCGUCGGGUCCUGCGAUAUCAAGUUCCCUAUUCGCUUGGAGGGUUUGGCUAGUCGCCAUCACCACUUCAGCUCGUACGAACCUGAGCUGUUCCCUGGUCUCAUCUACCGUAUGAUCAAGCCGAAGAUUGUUCUUCUUAUCUUCGUCUCCGGUAAGAUCGUCUUGACAGGUGCCAAGGUCAGAGAAGAAAUUUAUCAGGCCUUCGAGAUGAUCUAUCCUGUGUUGUCGGAUUUCCGAAAGGUUUAA